GCGGGGGGUGGCGGCCCCAGAGCUUUUUCCCACCCGCAGUCGGCUUAGAUGCGUCCUUGCCUUGUGCUCCUUUGCCGGGGCGUCUACGGGUGAUCCGACAGACUGCAUCAGGGCUGGAGAUGAAGCUGUGACAGGUCUGAAAACACAAUGGCAGGAAACAGCCUUGUUCUACCCAUCAUCCUUUGGGGUCGCAAAGCACCGACACAUUGCAUCUCUGCGGUACUUUUAACAGAUGACGGGGCCACAGUCGUAACCGGGUGCCAUGACGGGCAGAUAUGUCUCUGGGAUCUUUCAAAAGAAUUGGAAGUUAAUCCUCGAGCACUGCUGUUUGGCCAUACAGCAUCAAUCACCUGUCUGUCUAGAGCGUGUGCUUCUAGUGACAAACAGUACAUUGUGAGUGCGUCUGAAAGUGGAGAGAUGUGUCUCUGGGAUGUGAGUGAUGGCAGAUGUAUUGAAUUUACAAAAUUAGCCUGCACACAUACUGGCAUACAGUUCUAUCAGUUCUCUGUUGGAAAUCAGAGAGAAGGAAGGCUUUUAUGCCAUGGCCAUUAUCCCGAAAUCCUUGUUGUGGAUGCCACCAGCCUUGAGGUGUUAUACUCCUUAGUAUCAAAGAUAUCUCCAGACUGGAUUAGCUCCAUGAGCAUCAUUCGAUCCCACCGAACACAAGAGGACACAGUAGUAGCACUGUCAGUGACCGGCAUCUUGAAGGUGUGGAUUGUUACCUCGGAAAUAAGUGGCAUGCAGGAUACUGAGCCAAUAUUUGAGGAGGAAUCCAAACCAAUUUAUUGUCAGAAUUGCCAGAGCAUCUCUUUUUGUGCAUUCACACAGAGGUCACUUUUGGUUGUGUGCUCCAAAUAUUGGAGGGUAUUUGAUGCGGGAGACUAUUCCCUGUUGUGUUCAGGCCCUAGUGAAAACGGACAGACAUGGACUGGAGGUGACUUUGUAUCGGCAGAUAAAGUAAUCAUUUGGACUGAAAAUGGGCAAAGUUAUAUUUACAAACUACCUGCCAGUUGUCUUCCAGCUAGUGAUUCAUUCCGCAGUGAUGUGGGGAAAGCAGUUGAAAGUUUAAUUCCUCCUGUACAACAUAGCCUCUUGGAUCGAGCAGAUAAAGAGUUGCUAAUUUGUCCUCCUGUUACUCGGUUCUUCUGUGGAGCCAGGGAAUACUCCCCUAAACUCUUAAUUCAGGGGGACUCUUCUGGAAGGCUGAGUAUUUGGAACGUAUCAGACACACCUGAGCAACAGGAAGAUGAGGAAGGUGCUAGCAAAUCAGGGUUGGAAAUGACAACGUCUGUCAGUUUGCAAGAAGCGUUUGAUAAGCUCAGGCCGUACCCCGCCGGGAUUAUAGAUCAGCUGAGCGUGCUGCCCAGCAGCAAGGAGCCUCUUAGGGUAACCGCGAGCGUGUACAUUCCAGCGCACGGCCGGCUCGUGUGCGGCCGCGAGGACGGGAGCAUCGUUAUCGUGCCUGCCACGCAGACGGCCAUCGUGCAGCUGCUGCAGGGGGAGCACACGCUCCGGCGAGGUUGGCCACCCCACAGAACACUCCGUGGUCACCGGAACAAAGUCACAUGCUUGCUGUAUCCUCAUCAGGUCUCAGCUCGUUAUGAUCAAAGAUACCUGGUGUCUGGAGGUGUGGAUUUUUCCGUCAUAAUUUGGGACAUAUUUUCUGGAGAAAUGAAACAUAUCUUCUGUGUGCAUGGUGGCGAGGUUACUCAACUCCUAGUUCCACCUGAAAACUGUAGUGCAAGAGUACAGCACUGCGUCUGCUCCGUAGCCAGUGACCACUCAGUGGGACUCCUAAGUUUGCGAGAGAAAAAAUGCAUUAUGCUGGCAUCGCGUCAUCUUUUCCCUAUUCAAGUGAUUAAGUGGAGGCCUUCUGACGAUUACCUAGUAGUGGGAUGUUCAGAUGGCUCUGUGUACGUCUGGCAAAUGGAUACUGGUGCAUUGGAUCGUUGUGUGAUGGGGAUAACAGCUGUAGAGAUACUGAAUGCUUGUGAUGAAGCAGUUCCUGCCGCAGUCGAUUCGCUUAGUCAUCCAGCAGUAAACCUAAAGCAAGCCGUGACGAGACGGAGUCUUGCCGCCCUGAAAAACAUGGCCCAUCAUAAGCUACAAACCCUUGCAACUAACCUCUUGGCGUCAGAGGCAUCUGACAAAGGAAACUUACCUAAAUAUUCCCAUAACUCCCUGAUGGUUCAAGCAAUAAAGACGAACCUGACUGACCCGGACAUACACGUGCUUUUCUUCGAUGUGGAAGCGCUGAUUAUUCAGCUCCUGACUGAAGAAGCCUCUAGGCCGAGCACCGCGCUUAUUUCCCCAGAGAACCUGCAGAAAGCAUCUGGCAGGUCAGACAAAGGGGGCUCUUUUCUGACUGGAAAACGAGCAGCCGUUCUCUUCCAACAAGUGAAAGAAACUAUCAAAGAGAACAUAAAGGAGCACCUCCUAGACGAUGACGAGGAGGGCGAGGAGACGAUGAGGCAGAGGAGGGAAGAAAGCGACCCUGAGUACCGCGCCAGCAAAGCGAAGCCGCUGACCCUCCUAGAAUAUAACUUAACUAUGGACACCGCCAAGCUGUUCAUGUCCUGCCUGCAUGCCUGGGGCUUGAAUGAAGUCCUGGAUGAAGUCUGUCUCGAUCGCCUUGGAAUGCUGAAACCCCACUGCCCAGUGUCGUUCGGUCUCUUAUCGAGAGGAGGGCAUAUGUCACUGAUGCUUCCCGGUUAUAAUCGGGCUGCCUGUAAACUGUCACACGGGAAAGCAGAAGAAGAAAGGAAGCUUCCAGCAACUGAGGGAGUAGGAAAGGGCACUUACGGAGUGUCUCGGGCCGUCACCACUCAGCAUCUCCUGUCCGUCAUCUCUUUGGCAAAUACCUUAAUGAGUAUGACCAAUGCAACUUUUAUUGGUGAUCAUAUGAAGAAAGGCCCUACCAGGCCACCUAGACCAAGCACCCCAGACCUUUCUAAGGCACGGGGUUCCCCUCCAACUUCCAGAAAUAUUGUGCAAGGACAAAUUAAACAAGUUCCUGCACCUGUCAUUUCCGCUCGGUCUGACGCUGAUCACUCUGGCUCUGACCCCACCUCUACUCCUGCUUUCCAUUCCUGUUUCUUAGUAAAUGAAGGAUGGAGCCAGCUGGCAGCUAUGCAUUGUGUUAUGCUGCCAGAUCUGCUGGGAUUGGACAAAUUUAGGCCUCCGCUUCUAGAGAUGCUCGCUCGGAGGUGGCAGGAUCGAUGCUUGGAGGUCAGAGAAGCAGCACAGGCCCUGCUUCUCGCAGAGCUGAGAAGAAUUGAGCAGGUGGGACGGAAGGAAGCCAUCGAUGCCUGGGCUCCUUAUUUACCGCAGUACAUGGACCACGUCAUGUCUCCUGGGGUCUCAGCAGAAGCCAUGCAGCCCAUCACCACUGCCCCUGACACUACCUCGGGGUCUGAAGCCAAAGUCCCAGAAGAAGAGCAUGACCUUGUAGAUGAUGACAUCACAACUGGUUGCUUAUCAAGUGUCCCACAAAUGAAAAAAAUUUCCACAUCUUAUGAGGAAAGACGGAAACAAGCUACUGCAAUUGUUUUACUGGGAGUCAUAGGAGCUGAAUUUGGUGCUGAAAUUGAACCUCCUAAAUUGCUGACCAGACCUCGAAGCUCUAGUCAAAUUCCUGAGGGAUUUGGUUUGACUAGUGGUGGAUCCAACUACUCUCUGGCCAGACAUACUUGCAAGGCACUGACGUUUCUUCUGCUCCAGCCACCAAGCCCCAAACUUCCUCCGCACAGUACUAUCCGGAGAACAGCCAUCGACCUGAUCGGACGCGGGUUCACAGUGUGGGAGCCAUACAUGGAUGUGUCUGCUGUCCUGAUGGGGCUGCUGGAACUCUGUGCUGAUGCUGAGAAGCAGCUUGCCAACAUCACAAUGGGGCUGCCUCUGAGCCCCGCAGCUGACUCCGCCCGCUCGGCCCGGCAUGCCCUCUCUCUCAUUGCCACGGCCAGACCACCCGCCUUCAUCACCACCAUAGCCAAAGAGGUGCACAGACACACUGCUCUGGCAGCAAAUACCCAGUCGCAGCAGAAUAUACACACGACAGCUCUUGCACGAGCGAAAGGGGAAAUUCUGAGAGUCAUUGAAAUUCUCAUUGAAAAGAUGCCCACGGAUGUUGUGGAUCUUCUUGUGGAGGUUAUGGACAUCAUCAUGUACUGCCUCGAAGGAUCUCUGGUUAAAAAGAAAGGGCUUCAGGAAUGUUUCCCCGCCAUCUGCAGGUUCUACAUGGUCAGCUACUAUGAGCGGAGUCACAGGAUAGCAGUGGGCGCCCGCAAUGGUUCAGUGGCCCUGUACGACAUCCGGACUGCAAAGUGUCAGACAAUCCACGGACACAAGGGCCCAAUCACUGCCGUGGCCUUUGCUCCUGAUGGACGCUACCUUGCCACCUACUCGAACACUGACAGCCACAUUUCCUUCUGGCAGAUGAACACCUCGCUGCUGGGAAGCAUCGGCAUGCUGAACUCGGCCCCGCAGCUGCGCUGCAUCAAAACCUACCAGGUGCCCCCGGUGCAGCCGGCCUCCCCGGGCCCCCACAGCGCCCUCCGGCUGGCCCGGCUCAUCUGGACGUCCAACCGCAACAUCAUCCUGAUGGCCCACGACGGCAAGGAGCACCGCUUCAUGGUCUGAGGGGCACGUGCCCUGAACUGCAUCUCGUGCUUUCAGUUCUCUAAGCCGAGAUUCCUCUGUCCUUAGGCUGGGGCCCUCCUCAGUGCUGCCCACCAGGGGCAGCCAGGGCACGGCCAGGUCUGUAACUUCUGCAUGGUCUGGGGCACUCGCCUGCUCGGGCCACCCACUGACCCAGAGGCAUGCACACACCGCUUUGCUGGAUGUCUCCCUGCCCGAGGGGGGAGGCGGCGGUCCCCGGGCGCCCCUGUGCUGGGUGCCCCGCAGCCCGAGAGUCCGCGGACACUGUGAUGCCGCCCCGCCAGGCCAGCAUCCCCUCGAGCGCACCCCUUCCCAAGGGCCGCUGGAGCCCAUCAUUCCGACACUGGGCUUUGAGGUACUGCGGCAGUCCUAGUCUUCAAAAUUAUUUUCCUUUGAUUUCUUAAAACAUACUAUUGUUUACCAAAAAAAUUCUGAGUUUACAUAGGGUUUUUUCCUUCAGCUGAUUGUUAGGAAAUUGCUCAAUCCGAUUUCCUAGGGUUUAGCCACUAUCUUCCUUAUUAAUACCUAACCUAUUUGAGAUUAAUGGGAAAAUAUACCAAAAAAAAUUUUGCUUUCCUUUUGGAGAAUACAGUUUUCCAGACACGUAGUCUCCUGAACUGCUCAUAUCCUGCUUAAGCAAUGGUGUGUUUAGUAGUUUAAAAUAAAAUCUUCUCAGCUGAUUAAUUAAUAUAAUUACCCAGACGCUGUAACUAAUCUCUUAAACAGACUUUUAUAAUAAAGAACCAGGUUUGGAAGCAUAACAUAUACCUAAAAAGAGGACACCUGUGUCUGUGGCUACAGAUCCGUUAAAACUAGAGCUCCCCUUCCAGAAACUUCACAGACCUGCAGUUCCCACGCGUGGGACUUAGGUCAGUUACCACGUAAUAGUUAUUAUAAUUCAGCCUUUAAACUACUGCUGAUCAACUAGAGGAAACUAAGUCAGCAUUUCUUUUAAACAAGUGUCCUAGAAAGUUAGUAACAGUGGCACAGGCAUCUGGGAGUCCGUAUGAACACGGAGGCUCGGUCUGCACAAACAUUGCAGCAAGAGCUCCUCGCGCUGAAGUCGGCUGAACUAGGUCAGAUGCUGCUGGUUCUUGCUCAUAGUGAUGGGGAAAAACCCAUAAAAUAAUAUUUUGUAUGACUUGCUCUUGACAAACCUUGAUCUGUAUAUAGUUGGGGAUUUGGUUGGUUGGUUGGUUACUUGGGUAAAAUGGUUUAUUAAUGAAACAUAGAAAAUGAUUUAUGAAAUUCAGAGAAAAUGUGUGAAGUUUACAGAGGAGCCAACUAAUAAUGGGAGCAUUUAACUUCCAAGGCGUAGGUGUCAGGGUUCACGUAAUUAUACAGGAGUAAGGUCACAGUCCGGGCACAAAUACAUCUGCCAUUUUAUUGAAACCGAGUUUUAAAGACCGUGUUAGGAAACUAAGACCACUAGCGUAUCUCCUUCCUGCAGAUGUGAGGUGUGUGACUGCCGCUGAUUGAAACCUGCACUACUCCUUGGUUGUAGACUUUGGGGGUUCUUUCAAAAGUGAAUUUAUGAAACAUGCAUGUACAUUGUAUUUAUAAAGAUUAUAUAUGUAGUUUCCAGGAAGAAACAAAGAACUAUACAGUGUAGACUUUAUUGGUUUGCCAAACAUGCUGUUGUGUUCGAUGGAGAUAGAGAGACCUGAGUUAAACAGAAGGUGUACUUGGUUUUCCCGGAGGCUCCCGAGUCUUCUCAGACCCAGCACCUGUUUCCUGUAGGAACUUCAGUGGGGAUUAAUUUAUUCUGGACUCCACAGCUGUUUGGGGAUGAUGGAGUGGACAUAUACUUUAGAGAUUUUUUUAAAACAAAAUGUUCAGUGCAUCUGGAGAAAGGGGUGAGGCUGCUAGGCAGGCCCCACACGUGCACACAUGGGUGGCACACACCAUGUGAGGCCCACAGGAGCCAGACACCUGGGCAGUGGGCUUGGCCAGCCUGUCACACACUCUGCACAGACAGACAAGUUAUUGGCCAGUAGACUGUUCCGAUUAUAGAACUCUGGGGUGGGUGAUGUCUGACGGUUAGACAGAUAUCUCUAACUGCUGAACUAAUAUUUGCAUUCUUGUUAACACAAAUCCUUCCUUGGCUACUUUGACAACCACAGCCCAACCUUCAUACAGCUUAGAUUUCUCAGCACUGAGGUAAACUUCGAAUUGUCAUUCCAGUGUAUGCUUUUAGUGUCUUAUAAUUUUAUUGGCACUGCAUUUGGACCUGUCCUUGUAAAUGUAGAGGCAUAUGUGGCUUCGUUGAUAAUUUAUAAGCAAAGAUGACGUGACGCAACACCUGUAUGAAAAAGUAAUUAUUGGACCCACUGUGUCCAGCCAGCAAACUAAAGUGUCUGCCUCGCAAGACGUUUCUUGAUGACUCCACUUAAUAGAUUCUAUAUGUGCUAGAUGUUCCUCUGUACAUACGUGUGUUAAAUAAAACUGAAUUGUACUGAAGAUUGUUUUUCCCAUUAAAACCAUUAUUCACUCAAA